AUGCGCGACAAAUGGGUAAACGCGGGCCGCAACGAGCGUGGCCGCAACGAGCGUUGCUGCUUGUUGCGGUUACACUCUGCUGCUGCUGCUGCAGCAGAACUGUUGUCAAACUAUUAGAUGCUCCUGAUCAAAAAGUUGCAAAAAGUUGGCAAAAGGCCGCCUUGGGCAGCAAAGCCCAACGCUGCCCGCAAAGUGGGCAGAGAAUCGGAAGUUACAGUACCUGAUGUUCAAUCGCCCCAAUAUGUCAAGACGAGAUAAUCCGCACAACUGGAAGGCAUGUUUCGUCAUUUUCGCAUGCGAGGUGGCAGAGACAGUAGCGUACUACGCCAUAUCUUCCACUCUCAAAGUCUACCUUACGACGGUCCAGCACGAGACCGUGGCCGAGGCAGCCAGAAACUACAACAACUGGGCAGGAACGACGAUUAUUACUCCCGUUGUUGGAGCAUUUAUUGCGGAUGCAUUCUUGGGUCGUUAUUGGACCAUCCUCUGGUCCAUGGUAAUAUAUUUCCUGGCAUUGGUUUGUGUCACGGUCUCCUUGUCCUUCGAGCCAUUCAAACCUCCGACGUGUGAUCAUCAUCUCCUCACCACCAUGUGCGACAAGCCUAGUGUGCCCCAAAGAGUCUUCUUCUAUGGUUCAUUGUACUUGAUGGCCUUAGGAGCGGGAGGAAUCAAGGCAUGUGUGACGGAAUUCUCUGCAGACCAAUUCGACGGCACUGAUCCUGGGCAGAAGCAUGAGAGGGUGUCUUUCAUGAUCUGGUCUUGGUUCAGUCUGAGCGUCGAGCGUAUCAUGGUCUCGGUGGCCUUCUUCCCUUGGGUGCAGGAACAGUAUGGGUGGGUAUGGGUCGGAGCAAUUCCAGCCGGAAUCGUUGGAUUUGUAACUCUGAGUUUCCUUCUCGCUCAUCCUCUGUACUACCAUCAAACCCCCUCUGGAAGUGCUUUCACAAGAGUUCUCCAGGUUCUCGUGGCUGCUUUCAGGAGGAGAUUCUUGGAACUGCAACCUGAUCUUCACGAGCUCUUUGACCUGAGCCCGUAUCAUUCAGAAAUUUCCAUAUGUGGUGUUGCUUGACAGAGGUUGUUAUUCAAAGUUCGGAAAGAUGGAUACGUGGCUGAAGACUGAUGAAAAAUUUCUCAUCCAAUCUAACAAUUUUGAGACAUCUAGGCUCGAAGGGACACAUCAGCUACGAAUUCAAUAUGAAGAGCUUUGCGU